UGUCGGUACGCAGCCAAAUAGUCAGGUGACAGCGUCAAACUUGUUGACGUUCGUCAUCGGAUGUAUGUGGAAGGUCUGCAAAUCGCAGCAACGGGAAAUAAAUAUUAUUUGUGGCCGUUUCUGAUUGCAUUUAUUUGUUUCGUCGUAUGUUAAAUACGGCCCUGCAGUAUUUAGUUGGCAGCUGAGUCAAAAUUAAAAGUGCUUGUGAUAUUCUUGAAUCGUGUUUUAGUCGCUUACUACAUGCGAUCGUUGUUGAUAUUUUGAUACACCUCAUCAUCAUCAUCAUCAUCAUCGACAUCAUCGGCAUUGGACUGAACGCUCUAUCAAUCCGGUUCGUACAAGUGUGUUUGGAGAAAGUGUUUUGAAAACACAUUUUUACCGAAAGUUUGGCUAUCUACCUCUCGUGCGUAUUCUGCUAAGGAUUGUUCGUGGCGAUCCAAAUUUCUAACCAUUUAAAAACAGUUAAUAUCGCAAAACAUUAAACUAUACAAUAACUUCUAUAUACAUUUACGGUAAUCUAUUGCACGGGUGCAAUUGGAUCUACCGAACUACACUCUAGCAAUCAGUGUUAUCUGAAAAUCUCUGCUACGUUUAAAGUGAACCUCGGUGAGAUUGUGCAAAGUGAGAAUUCGGUAGCGACGUCACGAUGGCUUCCAAUGUUCCUCCGGGUGGAAAAAGUGACACGUCACGGAAACCACCUGUGAUAAAGAAUCCAUUGCUUAGCUCCCAGGUUACCGGACUGACGCUGGACGAUUUUGCGCCGGUUGCGGUGUUACUGCCAGCUGCCCCGCUUCCCCCCAUCGUUAAGGAACCAACGGAAUCAACAGUUCCAACGAAGCCGGCUAUCUUUAGCUCGCAACAAACCGUGACGGGUACAAUACCGGAGCUACCGCAGGAUACGGAUAGUUUCAGUGAAAUCGAUCUUACCGCUACAAACGAACCGCAAACCUUUUCGCAACCACCCACGAUCGACUACAAUCCGUUGCAGGAUCUGGAAGACACGGACGCAAGGGCAGGUGCCGGACAGUUUGGAGACAACGGCGAGCCAUCGGCAACAUCGUAUUUGCAGCAAACAUCGGCAUUGACCGCCCAGUUUGCCGCACAAUUACCGAACGUCGCAUCAACGGUAUUCUCGACCUUCAGUCGUGUCAUCAAGGGCAACUCACCGGCCCCACCAUCAUCAUUAUCGGCGUCGUCGUACGCUAACGACCCAUCAGUGUACGGUUCGCAACCGGAAUAUCAAAGUACGCCCAAUCCAUAUGAGCUACCAGCGGCCGCAGCGUCGUUAGUGCCAUUAAUAAAUUCAUCCGCGUGCGACCCGCCAUCCUAUCAUCCCCCGUCCGUGGUCGCACCGGACGAUUAUCAGCAUUCGGGACCGCAAUCAUCUGCAGAACUACUAGCAUCGCCACCACCACCACCACCAACGUUCUACAAUCCGGAACAGGUGUCAUCGGCUACUACAGCGCUACCACCACCGACCGCGCCUGGCCUAUCCAACACGUACCGUUUGGGUGGAAGUAAGAAGAAAACGUACGCUCACAUCCCCGGUCUAAGCACUACCACCCAUACGGCUGGUCCAUCUAUACCAACAGCAUUACAAACCCCAACGGUACCAUCUGUGACACUUCCGCCUGUACCACCACCGUUGGCAGUAUCAACAGAUAUCAGGGGUUCAUUCUUUUCCGAAUCUGUCAAUCUAACGGAAGCUAACCACCCUGCGGAAGAACCUCCGCAAAGCAAACCUUCUCUUUUUAGCUACCUUCCGAACAGCAUCCUUGAAAAGCUUCCCAAACCUAGUUUCGGAAGUGAAAAAAAGGAAGAACCAUUAACGUUUCCUGGUGGAAUAUCAAGUGGAUCGGUCGUUGGUGUGUUUGGCGAUGCGAGUGCCGCUCCGGUUAGAAUACCAGCAGCACUGACACCGGCAGCCUCAGUAGCUCCACCACUGUUGAACAGUGCAACACAGGGAACUGCAUCAGCGUUCUUUACGCCACCACCUGUGGUCGAAUUUACACCAACUCCUGUUGUUCCGCCGGCUCAAGCAGGUUCCUUUUUUUCAACACCCGCUCCAGAAGUGGGCAUUGAAGCAUCGCAGGAUUCAAUCGUACCGCAAACAGCGACAUUAGCGCAGACAGCACCACCACCACCCGUGUUUUUCUCGCCAGCUCAAAUUCCAACGGUUCGCAACGCACAAGUGGGUCCAGCUGCUUCAAAAACAAAUCCAUACAGCUCAACGCGUCUCACAGGUGGUGCUGGACGGUAUAAGAAUCCACUCGCGCCGAUUGUACCACCCGCUGCUGGCUCGGUGUUUUUACCAAAUCAACCCCCGCCAUUAGCUGCUGGGCAAUCGGGAAAAGUACCUUCGGUCGAACCAGUACCGGUUGUGCCAACAUUCACUCCACCGAAUAUUUUUACUCCACAAUCAGUUCCAUCAGCGCAGUUACCUGUAGCUCCGGUUUCAACUGUUACUUCCACUACACCCGUUCCGGUAGUAUCCGAAGAACAACCCGCCUUUGGUUGGGUAUCGAACUUGCAAGAAAACAGUGUCCAGCCUGCGCCGGCACCAGCUUCUACAUACCAAGGAAUCCAUUCAGUCAAUCAGCAAACCCAACAACAGUCAGAUCCAGCUUACCAAGAAAUCGCUUCAAAUCAACAAUCGGAAAACUAUGGUUCAACAGUAACCCCCGACCUUAAACCGCCUUAUCCAGUAUCGAUAUUUAAUCCUUAUGCUUCUGAGCACGAACAGCAAGCUGACGGUACUUUUAACGAUCAACAGUCUAUAGCGCCGAUAGCAACAUCUAGCUAUAAACCAGAAAAUCUUCCUCUCACGCCAACAACUGCACCUAUUCCAGCUUUUCCCCCAUUUCCUGCUCCAUUAGCUCCUGCUGAAUCAGUGCAAAAGCAACUCGAUACUUUCGACAUUGGAACGUCGGCAAUUGAACCAGCAGGUACUAUUACGUCCACAUCAGAUAGCGCUCAAAUCUUCUCAACGCCGUUCCUAGGUACAGCACCACCUCAGCCGGUUGCUAACGCAACAAAGCCUAUCGUCGACAGUCGUUCUAAAUCGAGCGAAAACGUUCUUUCGCCACCACCGCGACCGAACUCCAAUCUAAGCGAACCGGCAGCUAUCUUUCCCGGAUCGGUUCCACCGGCAGACAUUUUCUUACCGGAGUUCUCCGGACCGGGAUCAAACGUGCUGCGUGGAAAACACAACCAAGAAGAAGGAAAUCUUAGCUCAAUACCGGCGCAAGAUACUAACGGAAAUAAUUUGUCUAACUUUUUUGCUACAAAUACUGCUGUACCAAACUCUGGUUCUUCCGGAAAACUGUUUGAAGAUCCGCGAAGCAACGCAAAUUUAAUAUUUCCCGCACAAGCACAGCAUCAGCAGACAAAACCGACGGUAUUUCCAACAGCUGAACCGACACCGGCUAUAAAUCCGGUUGAUUUUUUCAACAGUAAUACUAUCGUAUCGGAAGAAACGGUCGUUGGAGAUAAUUCAGUCACAACGGGUCAAACAAUUUCAUCCGUACCGCUAUUCAACUUUUUCGGUCGUAGCGCAGACCCUCCUGUUGUGGCACCCGUUGCCGUGAUAGCACCAGUAGAAAAAGCGCCUGUUCCGCAAGUUUUAUUAGAAUCAACGGACGGUAAUCAACAGAAAACUGUAAAACAAGCAAAAUCUGCUACUGAUCAAGCUGCAUCAGCGUCUUCCGUAUCGAACGUUAGCAGUUUUAGCAACCUGAACGAUCGCUUCGAAGAGGAAGGCGAACAGGAAGCGACACGUAUAGAAAACGCUUCCAACGAACCAAUCUUUAGUAGCGAUAAUUUGUUUGAUUUCAAAUCGUCCGCUUAUCAGGACGGCGGACUGUAUUCGCGAGACACCGGGCGCACUUACGACACGUACGACGGAAACAGCAGCAUGGCAGCGAUGGCCACAACGAGCGUUGGUGCACAGGAUGCCACUACUACGAACACAGGCACAUCGAUUGCGGAAUCGAGCACCACCAAUAUUGCCUACCGUCCGACAUAUAACCACUGGUUCUACCGGCGCGAAGUGGAAGGCAAAAGCGUGUGGUCUCCAUUCACCAUGGCUGAUUCGAUGGCGCUCGAAGACGGGUUGACGAUCCUGUUGGCAAGGGGAGAAACCGAAGCGGAAAACGACAGCAAUCCGCCUGUGAUCGUACAUACGGAUGGUGGACGGUACGAUGUAUCGAUUAAAGAACGAUCCCGAACUCCAGUCUAUUGGAAGGGGCCAGCAAACGAGGUUCGACGAUGUUCCUGGUUCUACAAAACCGUCGACUCUCGGUUCGUACCGUACGAGGAGGAAGUAGCUGAUCUGCUCGAGCGGGAAUACAAGGAAGCGGCCACCUCGGGCGAAUGGCAUCGGCGCGUUACGAUCCCGAAUGGUGAAACGGUCGUGUUUCACGGACCGUCCGUUAUCGUACACUUCCUGCAAACACAGAAUCCCGAUACGUGGGGCGGUGGUAGUUCCCCGGUACCUGCUACAACCAAUCGACCCCGGGUGGUGAAGCGUGGCAUCGACGAGUUUAACAUUGAUGAUGAUGAACCGGAAAAGAUCGAUCAUUUGCUGUUUAUGGUGCACGGUAUCGGUGAGGCUUGCGAUUUACGGUUCCGGCGCGUUGAGGAAGUAGUGGACGAGUUCCGUAGCAUUUCAGCCCAACUCGUACAGAGCCACUAUCGGUCAUCGUUUGAUCGGGGCGAUGUUGGCCGUGUGGAGAUCCUACCCAUCUCCUGGCACGAUGAUUUACACUCGGAAGAGUCCGGUGUAGAUGAAAAGUUAAAGUCGAUAACACUCCCUUCGAUUCCGAAACUGCGCCACUUUACCAACGAUACGCUGCUAGAUGUUCUGUUUUAUACUAGCCCAAUGUUUUGUCAAAGCAUUAUCGAUGCGGUAGGAAAAUCGUUGAACCGAUUGUAUGCGCUUUUCUGUCAGCGCAAUCCUUCGUUUAACGGGCGCGUUUCGUUGGCGGGACAUUCUCUUGGAUCGUUGAUACUUUUCGAUCUGCUGUGCCACCAGAAGCGAGCCGAGCAGAAGCAACCGAGCGAGCCAGAAAAUUCGGAGAAUCCCGAUGAUGAUUCUGUGUCACCGCUAGCAUCACAUCAUGCCGUAGUCAAGCAUCGACCACUGGUGCGCAAAUGUUCUCAGCAAAUCAACUAUGAAGUUGGCCCCGCCGGUACAGGUCAACCGUACAUAGCGUAUCCGCAGCUAAUGUUUCAACCAAAAAUGUUCUUUGCCCUCGGAUCACCGAUCGGCAUGUUCGUGACGAUACGCGGCAUAGACGCACUGGGACUAGACUUUAAGUUGCCGACGUGCGACGGAUUCUUUAACAUCUUCCAUCCAUACGAUCCAGUAGCGUAUCGCAUCGAAGCACUUGUCAAUCCCGAACUGAGCACACUAGCACCGGUGCUAAUUCCACACCACAAAGGCCGCAAACGGAUGCACUUGGAGCUAAAGGAAACCGUGCUCCGGGUUGGCAAUGAUUUACGACAGCGUGUUACGGACGUGUUCCGCAAUACAUUGGACACGGUGUAUGCGCUCACAGCGAUGGGCUCACGUCCUGAUUCGAAAGCGAUAGAAAAAGAGGUAGAUAAGGUACUACAGGAUCAGCUGAAGUUUGAAACGACCGGAUCGACAUCCAACCUGUCUGGAAUGAGCGAUGUUGAUAGUGGUGAAACGACCCUACCACUCGGAAAGCUAAACCAAUCCCGGCGUGUCGAUUACGUGCUGCAGGAGGCACCGUUCGAGUUCAUCAACGAGUAUUUGUUUGCGUUGACUAGCCAUGUGUGCUACUGGGACUCGGAGGAUACAAUGUUGUUUUUGAUGAAGGAAAUCUACAGUAGUCUUGGCGUACAGACCGAUCAUCAAGUGCCACAACAGACGAUGACUAUUGAGCGACCACUCGCUGCCACCAGUCCGGUUGUAGCACCUUCGAAUUGUUCUUUAAAUAGUAAUUACAAUCUUUUCCCCCAUGACCUGCAGUCCGCACGGGAGGGUCCCGACAAUCGACUAUAGUUUCCGAGACGGCAUAAAGGGCAUGACACUAGUUCCGACUGUUUGUCAAACACCAUGAACGGGGCCAUAGGCUAUCCGUACGGUCGUAUCCUUAGUUAGUUGCUUAACUCAUUUUUAAGUGGUCCUUAUUUAAGAACAUUUUAAUAGCAAAGAGGCACGAUGUAAAAUCAUAUGUUCCGUUUUUAGAUGGUUUCAUCCAGCUGUUGUUUGUUUAGUUCGUUAAUUUUAUUAAAACAAGAAGCGGACUUUGUGAGACUUUGUGUGGCAAAUAGCCGGUUCUGUUUAGUCAGUUUAGUAGAUGUAUGAAACUUAAUAUGUCAACGCAGUACAGCGCACAUUGUAUCGUGCUAGGUUAGGCAAAAUAAAAUAUAACAUAAAGCAGAA